CUCAUAGGAAAGAUGCAUGCAGCUGCAACUCCGUUUGUGCUGUGUGGUUUGCUGAGCUUCAGCUGCUUUUCUGUGGAUGGGACUGGACCUCUAAAUAUCAAUGACGAGAAGACUCAAGGCCAGGAAGGGUCCCUAAAGCAGAGAAAACAGCCACACAUAAUAUUUAUUCUCACUGAUGACCAGGGCUACAAUGACAUUGGCUACCACAACCCGUCCAUCAAGACCCCCACGCUGGACAAGCUGGCGGCGGAGGGCGUGCGGUUGGAGAACUACUAUGUUCAGCCCAUCUGUACACCGUCACGCAGUCAGCUCAUGACCGGCAGGUACCAGAUCCAUACUGGACUCCAGCAUUCUAUCAUCAGACCGCGACAGCCGAGCUGUCUGCCCUUGCACAUGGACACACUGCCCCAGAGGCUUCAGGAGGCUGGCUACGCCACACACAUGGUGGGCAAGUGGCACCUGGGAUUCUACAGGAAAGCAUGCCUACCUACUAGAAAAGGGUUUGACAGCUUCUUUGGUUCCCUGACAGGAAGUGUUGAUUACUACAGUUACGGAUCAUGUGACGGCCCCGGGCUGUGCGGAUAUGAUCUCCAUGAUGAUGAGGGUGUGGCCUGGGGCCUUGAGGGGAGGUACUCCACUCUGCUGUACACGCAGAGGGUCCGGAAAAUUCUGGAGGCUCACGACCCUGCAGCCAAGCCUCUUUUCCUGCUGCUCUCUCUUCAGGCAGUCCACACCCCUUUACAACCUCCUAAGUCCUAUAUCUACCCCUACCGUGACAUGGACAACGUUGCUCGGAGGAAGUUCGCUGCCAUGGUCUCCACGGUGGAUGAAGCGGUUCGUAAUGUCACCUACGCCCUCAGGAAGUACGGAUACUACCGAAACAGUGUCAUCGUUUAUUCCACCGACAACGGUGCCCAGCCAUUCACAGGAGGAAGCAACUGGCCGCUACGGGGCCGCAAGGGUACCUACUGGGAGGGAGGUGUCCGCGGGGUGGCGUUUGUUCACAGCCCCUUGUUAAAGCGUAGGAAGAGGGUCUCCAGGGCCCUGCUUCACAUCACUGACUGGUUCCCCACCCUGGUGGGGUUGGCUGGGGGCAACAUCAGCCAGAGUCAAGGCCUGGACGGGUUUGAUGUUUGGGCCACCAUCAGCGAAGGGAAGGAAUCACCUCGCCAGGAGAUCUUACACAACAUUGACCCCCUACACAGAGUCUCUGAUCCAGCCCCACUUCAAAAGGGGGGCAAGAAGGCCCCUGAGAAGAAAGGGGCUUCAGUAAUUGCCCCGAAGACUGCUCCAGGCCUGUCCUCCAAGAAGCCCAAGAGGAAGUCCCAGAAGCGACAAUCAAAGUUAUGGUCAAAGUUGGAGUCCAAAUCACAUACCACCGAGACACCCUGGGCCUUUUCCCAGCACUUUCCUAGGUCCAAAUCUUCCUGCGCUAAGUGCAAGCCCCAACGCCUCCCAAAAUCACAGCUUAAACCUAAAUCCAAGUCCCAGGUUUACGUUCCGCGCCGACCUCCCUCCACGUACAAGCCACGGUCCAGUCGGAACCUGAACCAUCACCAGAACCUGUCAACGUCAGGACUGCCGUGGUCCAAAUCCGAAGCUGGUACCCAUUCACAUUCAAAGUUCAGUAAAACUGUUUCCCAGUACCAGAGCCUGCUGCAGUCCAAACCAACCCAGAUUAAACCCCAUCCCCACCCUGAUCUCAGGCACCGACCUGAACCCCAGUCAGAGUCCCAGUCCUCUGGGUCUGUCCAGUCAGUGUGGGACACGUCAGUCCAGGCUGCCAUCAGAGUCGGUGACUGGAAGCUGCUGACAGGAGACCCAGGACAUGGAGACUGGGUCCCCCCACAGGUGCUCACCACACUCCCUGGUCGCUGGUGGAACCUCGAACGGACGCCAGUAUCCCCCAUUAAAACCAAGAGCAACAAGAACAUCUGGCUGUUCAACAUAACGGACGACCCCUAUGAACGGUGGGACCUGGCGGACCAGAGGCCAGACGUGGUCCAACGCCUGCUCGCCCGGCUGGCCUACCACAACCGGACCGCUGUGCCGGUUCACUUUCCGCCCGACGACCCGCGAGCCAACCCCGACAGGCACGGUGGGGCCUGGGUGCCCUGGGUGGGCGAGGAGGAGAAAGAGGAGGAGGGGAAUAAGGGAGUGUACAAGAAAGGUAAGAACAGGAAGAAGAAGAAGAGAAAGAAGAAGAAGAAGUGCAAGCUGUGCAAACUGAGGUCAUUCUUUCUGAAACUGAACACCAGGAUGAUGUCCAAUCGAAUCUGAGAUGGUAGGCUUUCAGAUUCAGAGAAAAAAACAGACAUUAAUAUAGGACUGGGCGAUAUGGACAGAAUCAAAUAGCAUAUUUUUGACCGAAUACCUCGACAUCGAUAUAAUAUCAAUAUAUUGUCCAUCCCUACAUUAAUGUUAUUCAUUUUUGCCAUUUAUAUUCAGAUUUUAAAUGUUGCUUAUCUUAAUUUCCUAAAAUUCGUGAUGGAUGGUAAUGGGGUUAGUUCAUUUGCCUUUUUUCCAACUGAAAUGAACCUAUUUUGAGGAGUUUUUUUAAGCAGUUGAUAUCCCAAAACCAAGUGUAUUUGUCACUUGGUUUAAGAUAAUACCGCUUUGAAACAGGUGAGAUUAUAUUGACCAAUUGGUUUGCCUUUUGCAUAGGAUGAAGAAAUUAGAUUUAAAGACUAAAUAUUGGAAUUAUACAUUUUUAACAGUGCAUGCAAUGUUCAAGUUUACAGAAGAAUGUAAUCUGUGGAAGGAAGUGACAUCAAACUCUGGAAGGAAAUGAUGUCAGAGGUUGCGCUCUGUAGGUGGUCCACGAGCAGAUUUCUGCUUCGAACCACCUAAAUGACAAUGUGAAAAACACUAACAUGUUUCUUCCUUACUAUUUCGAUUUAAUUAUACACUAAAAUAAAUGUCACACCUGGAGAGGGAUCUUAUUUUAACAGUCUCAAGUCAAAUGAUCUUAUUGCACUGGCAGAUAUUUUUUUCUGGUUUCAAUAAAUGUGUUUUCAAAAUAGCACAACUAACGCAGACAUUUACUCCAAACAAGACAAAUUGUAUGUCAACAACUUUUUUCCCCCCCUUUUUCUCGCCAACUGUAUCCGUCCAAUUACCCCACUCUUCCGAGCCAUCCCGCUCACUACUCCACCCCCUCUGCCCAUCCGGGGAGGGCUGCAGACUACCACAUGCUUCCUCCGAUACAUGUGGAGUCACCAGCCGCUUCUUUUCACCUGACAGUGAGGAGUUUCGCCAGGGGACAUAGCACGGGGGAGGAUCAUGCUAUUCCCCCCAGUUCCAGGACACAUACCCACAUCAAGCUUCCCACCCGCAGACACGGCCAAUUGUGUCUGUAGGGACGCCCGACCAAGCCGGAGGUAACACGGGGAUUCAAACCGACGAUUGUUGGUAGGCAAUGGAAUAGACCUCUACACUACGUGGACGACUCAAUAACUUUUUUUGUUCUAUAUUUUGAUUCCUUGCGCCUUAAGAAAAGUUGUAUUGAAUAAUUAAAAUUUACUGAAAUUAGCAAAACUAUCUGUCAAUGCAAAAGCAUAAUUUGGCAAAAAAAUAAAAUAAAAUCCUGAAGAAGGCUGCUCUGCUUGUCCUUUUGACAUUACCACCCUGACGUAGUGUAGAGGUUAUGAACACGCAUGAAUGGAUGAAGGUGUGGACACCCAAAUUUAUUCACCAAGGCUGACAUUCUUCAUCCUAGUGUCUUCUUUCUCUCGUGGAGUUUUCAUGUGUCUGAAUGUUUUCGUGUUUGUCCCUAUAGGAUAUCACUGCUAUUAGCCUUCAACGCCACCACUUUGGGUGUAAGGUGAUGCCAGAUAUUCUCUAUCUCCAUAUGUUCAUUUCAGUAUCUUUCCCAUUCUUACCUGACCAAGCUCUUGAUACGAGGAUCGGCACUAUUUGAGAGUUUUAACAUAUUCUGACACUGUAGUUUUUGCAUGUUUUGUUCACCUUUUUUUUUCUUCUCUCCAAAUAACACAGCAUUGUUUUGAUUGAACAGUUGCGAAGAGAUUAUUUCCAUGAGGAAAGCCAUACUGGUCAAGAGUCUAUAUAAUAUGUAUUGUUUUGCCUUUGUUUACACCUGUAAUUAACAGAAUGUUAAAGAUGAAAAUGCAGGCAUCUCUUUGUGACACAAACUGUGCUUGGAUGUCGGCAGCCGCCGCUCGGCCAGCUCACCAAUGCAACGACAACAGUAAAUUGUUUUUCUCUCUCUGUUAACGGGUCUUUCACAAACGAAGAAACACGUGAAAUAUGAUUUUUAAUGGACUUGCAAGGUUUGUAGCAGAAUGCACCACAUCCCUAACGGGGGUAGGUGUCUUUUUUUUUUCUCCUCUAAUUGUUGGAACUGAACCUUUUUGUACUGUGUUUGUUUGAAUGUAUCUUUUGGGGCAAUGUAACUCAAUGACCUUCACUUACACACUUCAGAUUUUCAAGUCUUAUGUUGAUGAAACAACUAUAAAAACGCUGG